CAGUCAUUGAAGAGGAUUUGUGCAGCAUAGAUGAAAUUCGAUACGCCAAUUAUACGGUGCUCGGUAAAUUAAUCGGUCAUUGGAAAUUUUAUGGCACAUCGUUUCUUGCAACUACGGGACUAGAGACGAGUGAUACUCAUUAUUUUAUUAAUGAACGCUUGUUCUCUAGCUAACUCUUGAAGGAUGACAUAUACAAAUCAGUCGACCAUGUUUCCCUGUUUGUUUCCUCGUAUAACGUCGGUCAAUGUCUAUUGAUGGCUUGGCGGCAAACUGUGUUUUAAAUGUCUUAAAGUGGUAUAACUAUGGGAAACGGCAACACAACACCAGGAGUAGGAACUAUUCGGCGAGUGAUACAAGCAAAUCAGAAGUUUAGAGCGAAACUUGAAUUGUGGGAGAAUGACCGCAACCAACGGGAACCGUGGAAAUCGAUUCUCCAGAACGGUCCUUCCGUUGUUUACGAGAAACGGAAACAAGUGCUACAAGCAAAAGACGAGGAAUCGAUAAACUAUUUUAACUCUCUUCUAGAAGGAAAAGUUCUCUCAGAUUCAGCAUGGACUCUGCCGACGAAGGAAAUUGCUGUGUUUUUGAGCUCGACGUUCACGGAUAUGUCAGUGGAGAGAGAUUUACUGAUGGAGGAUGUUUAUCCGUAUCUACGCGAAUUUUGUCGAAGCCUGGGUUAUAAUUUUAGUGUGGCUGACAUGAGGUGGGGAGUGCGAGACGAAAUGACGGACGAACAUCAAGCAGUGGACAUUUGCGUGACGGAAGUACAGCGAUGCAAGUUAGUAUAUCAUUCGAUCAUUAACAUUAAGUAGCGAUCCUGUCACGAUAGAUGUCCAGUGUCAAAGCUACCGAGCUCUAGGAGGGGCUCGGAGUUUUACAGAGAGGGCAUUAAGAGACAAGUAAUUCAUGUUAGGCUCCAUAUAGUCGGACUUGCCUACAGAAGGUAUAUGGAAGGGCUACCUUUUCUCUCAAAAAUGGCAUAUAUUGGGUAAAAGGUUGGACCUCGGGGUUGUUCAUCCCCGGACUUCCGAGCUUUCAACAAAAGCAUUGGUCUAUUCCCGGGGGGCACUUGGGUAUUUUUUUGGUGGGUAUGUGCCGCCCGGGACUCCAAAUUGGCACCCCUUUCUAGAAAAAUUUUCCCCUAAAAUUGAUACCCCGUUGUAGAAAUGGGCCAAUUUUUUAUACCCCGUUCUAGAAUUCGCCCUAAAACUGAUACCCCGUUCUAGAAAUGGGCCAAUUUUUUAUACUCUGUUCUAGGAUGCAACAAGAGUACAACGGUUUGCUUGUUAACGCAUUGAACCGUAUUUUUAAAAGCAAUCUGUCCUUGAACACUUUCAAAUGGUUGCUUACAAAAGUGGAGCUUUCGCGCGUUCGAAAUAUUAUACCCCGUUCUAGAAAACGCCUCUGAAAUGGAUACCCCGUUCUAAAUCAGGAGCUUCAAAAUCACGACCCCGUUGGACGGCACAUACCCGUAUAGGUAAUGUAUGGGAGUACCCCCCCCCCCCGGGGGUCUAUUUAUAACGACGAAAUUUUUUUAUAGAAAUUUUUGGCAUUUUGCAGAUGCAACCUUAAAUUGAUCUAACUGUAGACCAACCGAUUUCAAUUUGCAAUGAGAUCGCCCCAUGUAAGGACUCCAAGACAGUCAUGUAUUCUGGAUUCCACGCCGUGGAUUCCGGAUUACAAGUACUAGAUUCCAGUCUUUGUCAGUGGGAUACUGGGAUACUGGUCGAUACUGGCUUCUAAUCGUUAGUGGGAUUCCAGAUUCCAAAGCCUAGGAUCCCGGAUUCCACCGGCAAAAUUUCCCGGAUUGAGGAAUCCCGAUUCCAUAACAUGGGGCAAAAGAGAUGUUUAGCCACGAGCUGUGGCAUACACACUGGUUAUGACCUCCUGAACGUGACUUAGGAAUAAAAUCUUUGAAUUGAUCGAUCCCAGAGCGGUAAAACUAUAAGAAGGAACCGUCUUUUAGGCUGUACCAAAAAUAAUAGUAUUGCUCUAAAUGCUCCCUGUCUCCAACCUUGUCCACCAAAAAAAUAAAAUAAAUAAAUAGAUAAAUAAGUAAAUACACUAGUCUGAAAAACGACACCACCACUGCUUGGCGGUGGCGUCGCGAAAUGUCGGCCAGUUUCUUAAGCUAAAACAUUACGAAAACGAACAAAAAAAGCAAAUCCCAGAACUUCUGAUCCUGCCCUCUUAACAAGACACAAACAGUGCCACUCGGAGGCCGAGGGAAGAGAUAACACAAUGUUUAGUCUUGUACAGGAUAUAGAGGUUUAAAUUCAAAAUUGAGAUUAUCAGAAAAAGUGUGUCUCAAAUAGUUUUCAGAUGAUGAGCCCCAUUUUAUGUAGCCUGCGGUACUCUCCAUUUAGAGUGUCAUGCGAGGCGAUCCUCGGGAGAAAGCGUAUCCUCCCGCGUGCUGCUCGCGCUUGACUCUCUUAGUGACGAGGGUCCAAAUGGAGAGCUUGCUCGCAGGCUAUAUUUAAUUUUGUCCGAGUACUGUUAAUAUCCACAUAAUUAUUUGUCAGAAAUGAGUCCGUUGGGCCGUACAUGGUUUGCAUUAUUGGCGACAAGUACGGCUUCAGACCAGUCCCUGUUACAAUAGAUAAAAACAUCUUUGAAAUGCUGUUGGGAAGCGUCAAGAGUAAUCCCGGGGGCAAACGCGCUGCCGAGCUUCUUGUUCAAUGGUACAAACUAGAUGAAAACAGUAUACCGGCAGCUUAUGUCCUACAACCAGUGUCAACGUUUUAUCCGCAUGCGUAUAAACACCACGCAAACGAUGCUGAUGAAAAGAAAGGAAAAGAGGAAAGGCAGCAAUGGUGGCAAACACUGGAAACAAUGACAGAAGCUUUAAGGAAGGCUGCAAGUCAGAUCGAUUUUACAGCUUUUCCUUCAAGUGAGAUGACCGAGGAAGACUUCAAGAUUUCUGUGACCGAGACGGAGAUAACAACUGGAAUGAAGGGAGAGGGUGUAGACCCGAAAUACAUGAUUUUGUUUAUUCGGUCCCUUAAAGAAUUACAUGAAAUGGACCUCAAUAACAAUAAAUUUACAAAGCGUUUUGUAGACAAGGGAAAUGCAAGUGAAGCAGUUAGUACAAAAACUUUGUUGCAGAGUCUCAAAAGUAAAUGCCAAGAGGUAAUACCUGAAGACAAUAUAUGCAGGUUAGUGAUCAUCGUAAAAUUAACUAUGAUUUUGCGAUUUUUUUUGAGCCACAAUACUUUUUAACUUGUAAAGAAUGGUUCAAAUUGCCCGCUGCUACAAUCAUGGACAAAAGUCCUUGGGACAGUCAGAACGUAACUUCAAUUCUAUACGUUUAACAAGUUAUGUCGCAAAAGCAGUGCUGUCUUUUUACAAAUCCAUGUCCCUUCCCCCCUCCCCACCCAAUACAAUGUUGAAAGAUCAAAGGAACUGAGCCUUGACGGUUUCAACACUGUCUGUGGGUUGGGGGUAGGGGGUAGGAACGUACAGUGUUAGCAGCGCGCGGAUACAAUUUCGCGUGUGUUAAAAAGCUUUCGAACUGUACAACUGUCCCAAGACUUUUAUCCAUGAUUGUAGUAUAUAGAGGUCUCUCAUGAGGGGCGAGAGGUACCGAAAAAUGAGAGUGACUGUUUCUUAUGGUUUACAAUUAGAAAAAAAAGUUUCCGGAAAACCUGGUUGGAAAGUAAAUGGAACACAGCUUUUUGGGUCAAUCCAGCGGAAAAUUUCCUGGAGAAACGGAACAUCUGAAAAAGUAGUUCUGUUUUUCAGGAUGGAAUGUUUCAAACGGAAAUUCGUGUUCCAUUUCUUCAAAGCCAUGUUACCAGUUUUAUGCCUUCGCCGGCUGCAAUGGUAAUUAAGCAAUACUCUUUUCUCUCGCCUUGGGUGACCUAUUCUAUUAUAGCAUGGAUCGGGUUCAAAAGUCCGACCUCACAUGUCAAAUACCUAAUGCACACCUGUUGGUCACGUUGUUUUCGCUCAUUAAGCCCCUGUGCAAACGGACGCAAUAUUGUUGGAUAUUAAGUGUUGUGUCCGUUUAAUUUGCUCACCCUGUUUCAUGUUGUUGGGAGUUGUUGCACAAAGUUUGAAACCGGUCACACUUUUACCUACGUGCAAACGGACGAUAAAACUCUCAACAUUGUUGGGAGUUGUUGAGUCCGUUUGUACGUGGGGUUUAGGAUGCGUUAAACUGAGUCGAAGCAUGACUAUGACUUGAUAAUAGCACUAUGACCUUGCCGGCAAACAUUCAUUACUGUUUGCAUGAAAAACUCAAUGAAUGCAUGAUUUUAAUGAAAAAGACUAAAACUGGAAUGGGUAUUAAUAGUCAUUUUAAUAUCGGAUCGAACCUCAUACUAUACAUUUUGUGAACUCAGAUAUAGCCUCGAGUUUCAGCUUACUCAGGAUGGUCAUAUUAACCCGUUCAAGAACAAAGAGGAAAUAAAGAAUUUUUGCGAUCAAUUCUGCCAGAAAAUGAUUGAUGGCAUUCAAGAAGGUAAAGUAUUGUCUAAUUUCUUAGUUUAUCUACCUAUAAUAACCAGGAAAAAAUGGUGGUGGUUUUUGUUUUACAAAAGUUGCCAGCUAGAGUCAGUCUUAUCACGCUGGUAAUUAAAAAGCUGGAUGGGCGCGAAAACGUUUAUUUUUCUUUACAAUUUGCUUACAUUAAGGAAGAGAAACCCUUCAAUCCCAAACACCAUAUAAUUUUCCAAAAAAAAAGAGCAGUGGGCUCUAAAAGAGAUAGAACAAAAUCAAAAGCAAACUGUCAGGGCACAGCUAAAUUAAAAGUCAAAAUUUAAGUUUUAAACUCCUUCCAAAAUCAAGUUUUAUCUUGUGGCAAUAAUUUUUCUAGUUUGAAAGAAAUGGUUAGUUGUAAAGUUGUGAAAGUUUGGAUAAAAUAUUGUCUUUUAUCAACAAAUAGCUCAAAAGGCCGCUGCGCAAACGCUAAUUCUAAUGGGUCAGCCAUAGUAAUCCAAUACCUGGAAUGUUUUUAACAGUCUGUGUCAUGAUUUUCUGUUUCAUUUUGUUAAUAAUGCCAAUCACACGUCCUUAAUCGCUAAUCGCCAUCUUACUUGUCGAUUUUGAUCAUCAACUCGGAGGCAACGCUUGGUUCUAGUCCCCCUCGAUCACCUCCUUUCGCUUUCCUAACAGUUACGGGCUGUUAUCCUCACUUUGUGCCUUUGCCAAAUCUAAAUUACUAAAUUCGAGAGCAGGACGAAUGGAGGACCGAUAUCGAAGCCACCAUUCACUACACAUGACCGAAUAGAAAAUGUACUUUUCCAUCGGAAUCUAUUCGUGUCCAAUGGAUCAUACCCCCAUGGCCACCCCUGAGAAAUGAUAUAAAGUCUGAGGAAUGAGACCAUGCUCACAAAGCCGUCAUGCUAGCCUGCGAGCAAGCUCUCCUAUUUCGGCAAGCUAAGAGAGUCUCGCAAGAACGCACGAGCUAGCGGCGAAGCCGCGAGGGGCAGAGGAAAGGCCCCCCCCCUCGCUCGCGCGUUAUCGCGAGACUCGCUUCGCUCGCCCAAAUAGAAGAGCUUGCUCGCAGGUUACGUCAUACCAGUGGUGGCGUCGCUAAAUGACGGCUGUUUACUCACGCUAACCCUAUGCACUUUCCUCACGGUUGUUAGCUUUUGUUCAAAGCUAUCUUGCUAUGGAAUCCAAAGGUUUGAAUAGAGAUUUGGUCUCUCACAUGCGUAUGUUUCAUUUAAAGCUGUUGCCAAUCAUCAGAUAAUUGAUGACCCUUUAUACGUCGAAGUUCUUCAUCAUACAAUGGUCACGAAGAAGAGAACAGAAGCAUUUGUAGGUAGAAAGCAACUAUUACAAAAGGUAAUACGGGCAUUUCAAAUAAGACCAACAUUAAGUAAUUUAAGUGGGAAACGAUUUUUGCUUUGUAGGAAGUUUUCAGAUCACCAAGAACCAGAGUACACAGCUGUAAACAUGAAUAUUAAGUUAAAAUUUUAGGUAACUAGGGGAAGGAUUUCUGGGAACGAAUAUGGACCUCAAAAAAUUUGGAUUCAAACCUGGGGUUGAAGUUACUAAUAGAGAACUCAAGAAGAGCAACGGAAACGUCGAAGUUUGUUAUUUCGCAGCUUGAUGCCGGAACGUUUUGUCUUACACAAGGACUUUUAACCACGAAAGGUGGAGAGAGGGUACUACCUGUAAUGACCAAUAGGGGAAGGGACGGACGGGGGUGUGGGUUCCAUUUUCAAUCUUCAGGAGUAAUACAAGGGUAGGGAUCUCACUAGAUGAAGUAUGUGAAAGGGUAAGGAAAUCUGUCAUUUCAGUGUGUAAAAGGACCUAAAGGGCUACCAGACGCAUUUUAUUCAUAUGUAUAGGACAAUACAAUACACGUUUAAGUUCUAAACUAGGCAUUUGAAAGGAGUACCAUUUUUUCGCGAUGGGAGCUAUACAAAAGGGGAACCUUUUCUGUCCAAAAAAAUUGUUGGAUAAACGGGUAAGGAGUUGGACCUGGGACGAAACCUCCUUGAGAGUGAAACUUUUGUUACCUUUCCUCCCCCUCUCCCGAAAUGAAAAAAAAAAAAUCAGUGCUUAAAAAGCUGCUCCUUGGGUAAAUAUACAUAAACUGCGACAAAAUAUGCAAGAAUAAUGAAUAAAACAUGAAUUUUGGUCUAAGAGUUAUGUUAAAAAAGAGUAUUUAUAUUGUAUUUCACGAACUAUCUAUAACUUCUUCUUACGAAUACACUUUUUAGAUUGAGGACUACCUCAGACUGGAUAAUGGUGGAAAGGUAACCAGUUCUUUGUGUCUGUGUUCAAUCCAACAAAUAAUACCAAACGAACGUUCACAUCAAACGAAAAGUAUUUAUUAAACGCAAAAUCGAAACAAACGUUGAAAUGCUAAACAAUCAUGCUCUUUUGUUUUGUGCUCCUAUUCCUUAAGCUUCUAAAGUAGACAGUGACUGAAAUGUUUUCAGGCUAGUUUAAUUUUGGCCCAAAAUUGUUUUGGGAGCUUAGACUACACCUCAGUAUUUAUAAAAAGUCACCGUCUUAAUUAGCUAGUAAGAAAUCGAUUUCGCUUGGUAGACAGAGUGGUCGUGUUAAAAUCAAUGCUAACGUCUCUUCAUUUUAAUUUCUCAAUAUUCUAAACUGUGGAAACGUUCAGUGUAAACGUACGAUUUAAUACGGAGUCAGGAGUCCCAUUAUUAUGAUAAUUAAUAUCUGAUUUUUUCACCAGCCUUUUAUCGUGUAUGGCAUAUCAGGCUGUGGUAAAACUUCUAUCCUGGCCAAAGCUUUUACUGCGUCUCUUGAAACCUGGAAUGGAGUCUAUACUGGAAGGUAAGUAAGCUUAGCAACCGUCAAUAUAAAAUCUUUAACGAUGAAACUGUGAAAGAUAAGUCCGAAAUUAUUGCUUAAAAUUUCUAUUUGAAAACUAUGAUAGCGAAGGGAGAGGCGACCUGUUACGGACUUUCUGACAUGCGUACUUUGGUCUUUAUUCGCCAUAUGCUUUGUGCAGUCACCUUAGUAUCGCAACCCUCCCUUUUCCCUCUCUAUAGUAGCAUGUUACUGUUCUGCUUUCAGUAAAUUUGUCUAUAUUGCAUCAGUUUGGCUACUGUUAUUGAAUGAAAGGAGCCAUAGGCGCUGCCCCUACCUGUUUACCCUAAUCUUGCCUGUCUCCUUCAAGUAGAGGGCUCAGAUAGGAAAGAGGGACACCUUUGCCGGCCUCCCAUGCGUUUUCCAUCUCCCUUGCACUGGGUUCUCGUCAACAACCGGUAACGUUUUAGUCACGUGCACGACCGGUUUGCGCGAUAUAGCAACUGUGAGUUCAGAAAUUUCCAGCUUGCAGUCUCCACAGGGCAUACGUAUUUCGCAUUACUUAACUGAGCCGGUUUUUAAACAUUAGUUAGUUUCGACCACAAAUGUGGUUAGCGGCUACAUGAUUGAACGCGGGGGAGGCCGGCAGAGGUCUCUCUCUUUUCUCUCCUUCAACAGGAAAACUUGCCUGUUGUAGUUUUAUUUUACUGCCACUCCUGGGGAGUUGAUGUGAAGAUAAAUCGAUCUGUUGAUUAUUUUUAUCGAGGUUGUAGUUUAUUGAACCAUUUUUUGCAAAACCGAUUCACAUCAAACGUCUGCAUGGCAAAAAGCGAAACAUAGAUCUACUAUCUAGUAUCGCGCCUAAAACACACUAAUAUCUUUUACUGAUUCAGUGCCGGAUCCAUACCUUGACUAAUUAGAACUGCUAGCCCAGUUAGGACCACUAUUUUUUUAAUAAUUAACCUGUUAUUUGAAUCUUUAGGCCAAUCCAUCUUAUUAGAUUUAUUGGAACAUCACCCUCUUCGUCAAAUGUGAGAUCUCUGCUGCUUAGCCUUUGUCAGCAGGUAGGUUUGUGCCGCGACUAGAUAGUAUUUUUUCAAUGGCUUGGAAGUGAAGCAGCUAUACAUAUUCAGCGGUCUCACAAGGGAAAGGGCAACACCAUCUGAUUUGUACUGGUUCAAUUAAUAUUUCUCAGCCAGCAUCCAAAUUAAGUGUACACCCCAUAAUUCUCCUCUUUACCCAUAAGUAUUUCAUUUAUAUUAAGAAUUUGCCUUGUGCCACUCUCCAAUAAACGCGCAAUCAAAACUGUCGCAGAAAUUCACUCAAACAUUUCUUAUCUUUGAAUGGAAAAUUCGCGUAGGCGGUCGGUUUUUUUUUUCUGUAUGUACGGAGCUGUUGGGUUAUUAUAAGGGUAUAGCUAGGGUAAACAGCACAUUUGCUUGACACUCACUUCGUUUGGCAACCAACAACAAGCAGACAAACAAACAAAAUAUGAGGCAUGUAUAGGCAAGGCAAACUAUCGCAGAAGUCUAAUUAAAUGCAACUUACCUCAUAUCUAAUUCCUAUUUCUUCAACUAUUUUCUCUUUAUAUUUUAUAUCUUUGUAGCUGUGUCUCGUGUUUAAAGAUACAUCGUCAUUGAUCAGUGACAACUAUGAUCGUCUGGUUGCCAAAUUCCGUUCACUUCUCCUCAGGGCGACACCAGAAAGACCACUUGGUAAGUUUAUUUCAAUAGGGAAGAGGAGGGGGGUGUUAGUAAAGACUCACAGAAAAAUAACAAUAAAAGUAAUCUUGUGAUCGCAGAGAAGCUAGCUAAUCUCUGUCAAGAACUCACCGAGUAUUUUCUUUUUAGUUUUGUUCCUCGACUCACUGGAUCAACUUUCUGAUCAAGAUGACGGUCGUGCACUCAGGUGGCUACCGACCAGCUUACCAAAAAACGUGCACAUUGUAGUCAGUACGUUGCCAAUCACAGGAGGCUGCCUUGCUGUUUUGAAAACCAAACUAAAACCAGAGAACAAUGCCGACUUUUAUCUUGAGGUAUGCUUUUAAUGGCGAACGCAGAGAAGUGUCUUACUCUGCUUCCGCAUCAAGUAAAAGUUCUUUCAUGAUCUACACUUACUUUUAAGUAUAUGUUACAAAAAUAAUUGUCAGUCUACGUACCUUAACAAAUAAACGAUCCUGAGUACAGGCGUAGACCUUCCAUUACUUUCCGAACCAAGUUCAACGACUUUUGUUUCUUAGCCACGCCCUUGUCUACAAUUACUAAAAAAAUUCUUGUGUCUAAAUAGGUUUCAUCUCUGGAAUCAAAUGAUGCUGAGAGCAUUCUGGACAUGAGGCUAGAAAACGCCAACAGGUACCGAGAAAUCCUAGCCCGUUGCUUACUAUGAUUUAGUACUUUUGGGAUUAAAGCCUAGGAAAUAUGCUGAUAUGCAACUGUUCGCUCAUGACGCUCGCUUUUUUAUAGUAUACAUUUUUUUUGUUCAGGUUCAUAAAACAAAAUGUCAUGUUAAAUCAUUUCUUUUACUCUGACUAGAAUAUUUUUUGUCUGGAGGCACUGCAUGAAAUGUUAGCCACUAACAAAGUUCUUACAGCUUGUAGAAGAACAAAUUUUUUUUAUUUGUACCGCAGUUUACAUUGUCAGAAUUAUCAGUAAAACAACUUACAAUAUUACCUGAUUAUAUAUCUUAAUUUGAAAUUACGUGUUUAACUCCAGUCUACAUUUUUCUUUAUAAUUAAAACCAAUCAACCAAGUACAUGCAAUGCCGUUUGUGAUAUGCACUCCUUUUCUCUUUUUUAAAUUUUAAUAUCUGACCGUAGGAGGCUAACACUGGAGCAAAGGAAACAUGUUUUGGAAACGAGCACCAAGCCUACGGCGCUCUACAUGAAACUAGCUUGUGACACAGCUUUACGAUGGAAUUCGUUCACAGAGGACACACACACAAAAUUAAGGGCCACAGUCUCAGAAUUGAUCAUACAGUUGUUUGAACGGUAAGUGAUUUCUAAAGAAAAAAUAAUGAUCAGGUAAAUAGAGGUCACUUCCUAGUUUUUCAAAUAAUUGAACUUUAGAAAUAAAGCGGGAUUUACAGAGUAUCUGAUGUCUCGGGUUCGUCGAUCAAUUACAGUUUUCUAUCUGUAAGGGGCUAGCAAGUUGCAUAACCUAGUGUCCCUAACAGGGUCGUUUACUUUACAUUGCUAAAUUAUGUGAACUAGCAGGACACCCCAGCGUAUUAGAGUAUAGUACUUCUUGGUCUUAUUUUAAAUAUUUGCUCUCAGUGGAAGGGGUAUGUAUGAAUAUGAUAAGUACAUUGAAAGCCGCACAAAUGGCGUUAUAUCCUACAACCAAACAAGCCUGUUGAAGCACGAAUACUGCAAGCUGAUAUGUGCACAUUUGAUUGGAAAGUUGCACUUUGACUAACCUCAUUGUAUUGUCUUUUCUUCCUGCCAGCUUAAUCACAAAGCAUGGAGAACAGUUUGUUCGUCGAGCUCUUGGCUACAUCACAGCCUCCAAAACAGGACUGACGAAAUCUGAGCUAGAGGACGUGUUAUCAUGCGAUGAUAUCGUACUUGCUGAUGAGGUGUUUAAAUAUCACGUGCCUCCCAUCAGAAGGCUUCCUCCAUUGCUAUGGACGCGACUCAGGAAUGAUUUAGGUGAGGACCGAAAUUAUUGACCACUGUAAAUAAGACGAAAGAUGGCAAAACAAUCCAACUAACUAACAAGCUAAGCAAAAUAAAAGAGACAAAAAAAUAACAUCAAACAAACAAAAAACAGCAACAACCAAUCAACGGUUCAUCUACGUAAUGUGCUAAAUUUGCGUCAUAGGUGCUGAAAGCAGAUUUUUGUAGCCAAAUGGCGCCAAUUUUUCUCUCCUACAUUUGGAUUACUAGUAGUGUGUUUAUCGAGGGUAAGUACCAAAAAUGCUUACCUCAAAGUAGAUGUUCAUGGAUAAGAGGAAAACAUAGGGUGGUUGUUGAACAAAUGAUAGUAAAAUCUAGGGACUGAUUUUGCAGGUCGGUAGGUCUAAUUUAUCCGGUGUUUUUCGCACUACAAUGUAGGCCUCAUUAAAGACUUCCUUCAACUUUAAGUGGUACAAAUCUUUUGUGUCACUACACUCGCCGGAUGAGUGGUGCCUUGUAAAGCCUCCGCCCCUUUUUCUUGUUGAGGGGGGUCAAAUACACCUAUCGUGACCAUCUUAUACCGUAUACAUUUGCAGGUGGAUACUUGGUCAAGGUAGCGGCCGAUGGUCACGUGGUCUACAAGUGGUAUCACCGAUUGUUUCUAGAGGCAGCAAAGAAUUACUUUUUGAGUGACAAGCCUUUUACCGACUCGCUUCACACGGAUUUAGCAAAUUACUUUAAUGGAAGGUGAAUUAAUAAAGCUUAAGCAGAAAUUCCCAGAAAUCACUUGAAAAAAACAAAACAAAACAAAACAAAACAAAAAGAAAAAAGAGAAACGAGAAACUAAGAAAUUGUGCUAGGAUAAAAUUGUGUUUGGAGUCCAUGACGUCUCCUCGUGUCUUUUGAAAAGUGACUUGCCCCUUUUUUUUAAAUAAAAUAAUCAGUAUAUUACUUUGUCUAUUAUUUCAAGACGUUGUGAGACAAUUUGAACGUCUGUAUGCCAGCGUGGGUCCGAAGACAAUAAACCCGCAUUUGAGUCUAACAGAUUAUAGCUUCAAUCACAAUUCCACACUCUUAAUUCAUCUUAAAAUCGCUGAAGAAGUGGAUCUGUCAAACUAGGUAUACAUACAUUGUUGUUAGAGAGACAAACUGAAAAAAGGUUUGAAGAAGUAAGCCUUUCAGGGCACUUGAGUCGGACCGCGUUGUCGAUUAUUAAACAAAACUAACGCGCAUGCACCGAAAUCUAUGACAUAUAUAACUUCAAGAAGGCGGAGCACAGGUGCCGCUUAGACGGCCUGAAACAGGCAGCAAAAACGAAUAAUAAAACCAAUUAAAGGAGGUUUAUAGAGUUAAGAUUUUUUCGUAACGCUGCAAUCUUUUAUUCCUUUUAGAUGGGCGAGAGAAGCCAAACCAUACACAGACAAAAACGGAAAUAUAUGUAGUGCGUUCCGAAUGGUAGCGGAUCAACCUCUGAUUCUGAGUACAGACGUCAGGCAAGGGGCGGAUACGGAAGAUGGAGAGAGUGGAGCAAGAUACAAUUUGCGCAAAUUAAGCGAGCUACCGUACCACUUAAUACGAUCUGAGAUGUGGAACGAAUUUGUUGAGGUAAGGAUCGAUUGAUUUAGAUUGAUGUGUUCUCUGUAAACGUUAAAGAGUGUUAUGCACCGGAUAUAACAGUAUUAUGCAAAUAAGCUUUAUUGAAUACAGCUCAAUUAUCAAGAUAGAGAUUUUUUUCUGUGGAAUUCACGUAACAUAUUUUGAUCAAUUAUGAGAAGUAAAAAAUAUGUAUAAUAAUAAGAAAAUAGAGCUGAAAAAUUCUAGAGAGCCAUGUUUUGGGGAGUGUAAUUCAGCGAGAAAAAUUAUUGAACAACUCUCCAGUCGGCGAAAAUUGUCCAGAGGUUUUUCAUGGGGGUGAUGUUUACAAGCAAAGCUUUUGUGCAACGUUGGACACCACUGUUUUUUUCGUGGAUAAAUUUCGAGAUCAAAGGCGGUAAUUUAAAAGCUUUUUUUUCUAGCAUAGUUUUCUAUAUUAUUUACAAAAGACCUACAUAAUUAUAAUACAUUUAUGAAUGAUUCCUGGUUUAACGGGAAAAAAGGGAAAGGAUCAUCUCAAAAAGAAAGACAAGAGAAACUGAAUUAAACAAUACGCGAAAACGUUUUUUUCCUUAUUUCAAGAAACCGUUCUCAACAGCCCAGGAAUUUCUACUGUUGAUGUCUGAUAAGAGGCAAUUUAUUUAUCAUUUUGGGUUGGUUAUUCACGACAAACAAAUUGAAAACGGAGUUUAACAAUACUGCGUUUUUAGCCCUUUUAAAUUGGGUUAACCCUUAGCAUCGCUUUUUGUUUACAGCUUCAAAAAUGCUUACAGCCCAGACUAGAAACGAGUCAUUAAAAUAUAUACCUUACAAAGGAGGCUGUCUGAGUUCCUUAAACUUCUGAAGAAUUUGUUUAAAUAACCGGCUCUUUAAUAGUUUAUUCAUUUAUACCACCCACAUUGUUAACAAUUUAGAGAAUUUGAAAGUAAAUCUAAAUAACCUCGAAACUCUUCUUAAACUAUGAGCUUAAGAAAGUUCUCGAUGUCUCCUUAUUAUAAAGCUUUAGUGUACGAUUUUGGGAAUGGACAACUGUCAGACUCACGUUUCCGGAUUUAAGUAUCGCAAAUAUUAAACACAUGGAUUCGUUUCUCUGUACUCCCGAAUUAACUCCUUAAUCUUUCUUUUAAAAAUAUUCAUCUGGUUUCCUCUUGCCAGAUGAACCUCGUAACAAUGCUACAUUUCAUUUAGAUUAAAUUUGAUUUUGUUGUUUGUCGGCAUUAAUAGUGCCUGAAUACUAGCUACAGAAUCUAAAAUAUGUUUGAAAAACAUGAUAUAGUAAUCAACGAUUUCAGUUUGAAAAUGAUUAAAAUGACCAUUUUACAUAUGCGCACACUCAAUAAUUGACCAACAAUAAGGCGCCUUUCCAUACUUUAUUGUUUCUCUUUCCCACCAUCCACCACACACUCUUCUCUAAAAUUGGCAACUUGGUUGGCUUAUUCACGGACUUUUAGUGUACAAUAAGCCUCUAACUGCCAGAAGGCAGAUGCAAGAUAUCUUUUGACUGUUCUUGAAAAAACUCCUUUUCUUUGGACGUAGACAUGUUCUUCCAGAAAAAAAAAAUGGAUGGCUUAGACCGUUGAUGAGUCACUGGUUGGGUAUUCCUAUACCACGACACACGUACUUUUGCUGAGGGAUUUAAACUGCUCAAAACGCUCCAAUGUAUUGCUAUAUAUUGAUCGACAGCUCAUGCCGUCUCUUUACAAAGAGUAGCUAUCGCCCCGUGUAAGGGACUUCGAAUUCCGAAAUCCGGGAAAUUUUUGCUUGUGGAAACUGUAAUCAAAGAAAAUUUUGCGUGUAGAAUCCGGAAUCAUGGGCUUUGGAAUUCGGAAUACAGCGAAAGGAAUCCGGAAUCCCACAAAAAAUGUGGAAUCCGGGAUGCAAUUUCCUCUGACAUAGACUGAAAUCUAGUAUCUGGAAUCCGCAAUUCACGGCGUGGAAUCCAGAAUCCAAGACUGUCUCGACUUUCUUUACAUGAGGCGAAUAUAUAAACGUUUUAGUAAAGCUCUAUAUAAUUAUCUUUGUUUUGGCCCGUACACGUUGAUACGGAAUUUUUAUCUUGUCAAUCCAUUGUACAUAGGCAGCACCAUUUCUUUAAAUGCAUGCCGGUAAUUCCUUUGCCUGUAAAAAUAUACGCAAGGAUUGAACGCAGAAUUGGAAAGAGCAAGUAGACCAGACCAGAAGUGCCACAUGCUGUAGUGCUUUGGGAAUGUGACAGGAAUGGUGAUAAUAGGUACCCAACAAAGACAGAAAAGCCCUACAAUAAGCGCAACUGUCUUAGCGACCUGCUUCUCUCGUUCGCGUAAUUCACCGGAUAUUUUCAUAUGGCUUUGGUUGUCAUGUAACUGGCGAAUUUUAGAAGACUUAAACCUGACUGUUGUGAAAGUUACAAUCCCACUGAUGACGAUAGCGAGAAGGCAGGUUACGGCUCCAAAUGUUCUAAUAUAAAGGGAAAACAAUCGCUCAAAGCGAGAAUAUAAUUCCAGAGCGGAAAAAACCAGAGAUGUCAUCCAUAUGAGGCCCAAGAAGGCUUUCAGCUUUGAAGUACUCAUUUUCAGUUUGUGGGUAAUGGGGUUGCAUAUCGCCCAACAGCGGUCCAUGCUCAUUGCAGCCAAGAUUAGAACCGAAGCAGUAAUAGAACAACGUAAAAUGACCAUAGAAGUAACUCCUACGGUACUCCCUGAACAGACUGGCGCCACAUCUUGGGAGAGCAUCGAGAUCAUCAAUGGAAUUGAUAUUGCAGUUACUAGGAGAUCAGCCAGAGCCAGGUUUGCGAUAAGAACUCCGCAAAUCGUUUGCAAGUUCGGAGCUCUUUUGAUAACUAGAAUCGUGAUUGCGUUGCCUAAAGAUCCCACAAAUGCUAUGAGACUGCAGAGAACUAUCGCGACAGUUAUAUCGAUUGUUUUCGGUGAAAAAUCCUGGCAAUACAAAACGGCAGAUGUUUUGUUGGGAAUUUUCAUUUCAAACUUUUAAGAAUCACUUGUGUUUUAGGAAUACGCACUGCAUUUAGCACGUCUUUUUUGUUUUUCAAAAAAUAAAAAAUGAUAAAAGAUGUUAUGUUAAGGUUUUUUUAAACUUGGGGCUUAUACACCUUGCAGUGUUGAGUCCUUGACAAGCACUGCGCUGGUAAUUUGUCAGUCUUCCUGUUUUCGCUUUAAAACGGCGGCAUUUUUUUAAAACCAGCGGGAGAAUAAUUAAACACUUUUGGCUGGCCUCAAAACAAGUCACUGGGAUUUAAGAGUCAAGGUUAAAUAAGUUGUUGCUUAAAAUUUAUUGUUCUGUUUAUCGGUCUGUGAAGCGUUUUCACUCGCGUGGCUAGCAUCUAUGCAACUUCUAAUUCAGUUUACUGGAGCAAAAGAGGGGGCUUACAUAAGAGAAGAGUUCAAAUCCCACAGGAUUUGCUUGGAACACCAAGACGGCCACCGUCUCAUUGUCUUGGUAGACCAAUAUGGCCGUUGGGACAUGAAAACGCGAGUGUAUGAUAUAUCCAUUCCUUAAUUAAAUAAAGAUAUGAAAAAAAAUUUAAGCAGUUUGAGAAGAUUUCGCUAGAGUAGAAAAUUAUCUAACAAGAAUCUGAGCUUAAAAGAAAGUAGAAAAGAAAACGGAAAGGAAGAAAGAAAGAAAAAACAACAGAAAAACAAAACAUGCAUACACGUCUACACUAAUGAAAGCCGAUUUUCUUCACCCGACGAGUUUCUCGCUCAUAAGCAAAAUAUAUUAAGGGCAGACCAAGUUGAUAGCUGAUGACUUAGAUCUUUUUCUUAUAGAUUGUGUGCCAGAUUCCAUUCCUUAUCGCCAAGUGUAAAACUGGGAAAGCAUUUGAACUAACUUUGGAACUAUCUGAGGUAAGUAAUCAGGGCUCCAAAUCAAACCACUAUUGGAGACGAGCUAGGUUGCGCGUGGGCUUACGGUGAAUGUCUUUCUUGAACUCAGGCGAUAUAACUGUGAUCAGGUGUCCUCUUGUGGGAGGGGGUGGGGGAGAAAAGAAACGGGAAGAAAGAGAAGAGGAACCGAUCCCAGUGUAUGCAUGGUAGAGUCUGCAAAUGGAAUGUGUUCAAACAAGCAUUGGCACAUUAAAAUAAUUUUUUUUUGUCGCAGAACUGUAAUAAAGUCUUGACCAAUAACGAUUUCUUAAAACAUAAGCAAGCGUGUCAUGAUGAUACCGAAACGUCGGCUUUUAACGUUAAUAUUCGCUUGCUUAUGUUUUAAGAACUGUAAUAAGAGGACAAAAGAUAAAAUAAGCAUUCAAGCCAACACAAGCAAGAGUAAAAUUUCAGUUUUCUAUUUUCCCCUCUGACUUCAUUCAUUAUCUUUUCUUUGUAUUUCUGAUUAGGUAAUUUACAGAAAUCUUGGGUUGAUCAUUUUUCUGUCUGUCAAAUAAAAUUUGAAUCAAAAUAGCUCCUAAAAAAUUAAAUGGGCAAAAUAAUCUAUAAUUCCUGAAAGGAUUUAGAACUAAUUUUAAGACCUUGAGCGCAUACCAUUCGUAUCGAAAACCCAGGAAAUUCCAGGGAGAAUUCAAAUGGAACUGUUCAUCCCGGUGGAAAUUUUCCGGAAAGAAAGUAAUACCUUUCGAGGUAUUACCUUUUUCCCGCUUUUACUGAGACGACAUAAAUUGUCUGUACCAUUUGUUUGGAUUACCAGUGCUAAAGCCUCAAGUCGAGAGAAAGCGAAAAAUUAACUAGUAUUUUGUAAAGGUACAACUCAAUCCCGUUCCCAUUUUCGGUGUCCAAAAAAAUACCAGUACCUCCUGAAGAAAAUUUUUCACCGACAUUUCCGUACAAAUGGUAAGCGCUCCAUUUAUACGUCAUAGAAACCAGUUAAUUAUAUUACAACAUAAGUGAAAGCCCCAAGCAAGUGGAUGGCACAGGAAGCAUCGGAGCUUUACAGUUACAUGACUAAAAUCAUAUUUUAUUGUUGUUCAAAACAAUAAGGCCUCGUUAAAGUGCAGUAAAGACAAAGCAGACAUCAUUGAGGAUGUGUACAGCUGUAUUCGAGCCAACGCCCACCAGUUAACUCAGUUUCCAGAGUUAGUGCCUCAGCUUUGUCUGAAUGAACCGGAUAAAUCAUACUGUGACACUUUAGCGCAAGUAAGUCAGUUAGAAAAACAUGGCUGUUAAAGGAAAAAAAAAUACUUAGAAUACACGCUGUGCGCGAAGUGCGAACAGCGGAGGCCCAUUGCUGUAGAAAUUGAAAACCCAUCGUUGCGAGAAAAUUUGGUUAUGACAUCAGCGUACGCUCGCCUGCCCGUCCGUACAGACACUGAUUUAACCAGUUCAGAUGCAACCAACAGAUUUACUCCCCUGCCCGUCUACGUUUGAAAAUGACACUGGAGGAAAGUCAGGAUAGGCAUUUUUCUCUUUGCAACCAGAUGCAAAAAUAUUGACACGCUCCGAUGAAAACUUGGCUUAUUCUACUUAUAAUAAACACGCUGCCAGUUACACAUUUGUGAAAUACAUGUGUGACACCCACCCCUUCCUCCAUUGAAGGUUGUUAUUCUGAGUUUUGAGCAUCGUCGUGUAGAAGGGGAGGUGAGGGAUAACAAGCACAAUACCACUGAGAGGCCAUUUAAGCCCAAUAGAGGUACAUUGCCUCAAGUAUAUUUGCAACUGGUGGUAACUGUUAAGUGACAAUGAGGUCAUUUUCUCUCGUUUUUUUUUUUUCAAAAAGGAAUAUCUGAAGAAUAUCAGCAAUUCAGGAGGUAAGAAAAGCUACUUAUUAACCGAGAGUGAGGUCAUGACAGGGAAAUCUCAGCCUGAGACCAUGAUUAAUUGACCUCGCUAUCGCUCGGUCAAUACAUCAAGACCGAGGUCAAAGAUUUCCCUGUAAUGACCCAAAGGACGAGGUUAAUAAGUUAUUCAUUUUAUGUAUCCGAGGAUGGGCCCUAUCUGGUAUAGUGGAGACGUUGUGGUUUAUUCCAUUUUUCUCUGUUUUAAAGUCGAUCGUUAUCACACAUUACCACAAUUAAGGAAAAAGAACUUUUGAUUGAUCAUAAUUAAGCACAUAAUUAGUUCUGGUUAUUUGUUUUCUAGGUAAAAAGAUCGCUCUUUGGCAAGACUUGACAAAGCUCAACGCCCAGAAGACCAACUUAGCUGCAUUUAAACAUCCAGCACCUGUAAGAAAAUGCGUUUUCUCCAAAGGAUGCAAGUACCUGGCUACAUAUGAUGCAGAUGGCGUGCUGCGCGUCUUUAUGGUAAGAGUAAAAAUGACUCAUGAAGUUACCAAUCUUAGUAUUGUAACUAUGUUGUAGAUACAUUUUUGGAUUCUUUAACAAGUCUUGAAGCGUAUCAAAAAGCUGAUACAAUAUUUUGUAAACCUGCCCAUUCAAUUUCAAAUGAAGAAAUUAAAAAUGAACUUAAUUCAAGGAUCACUGAAGUAUGGGCUUGGCGGCAUGGACAAUGUAAUAAGUAAACAACGGAAAUAAAUUAAUAGAACUCAAAGAAAAGAUAAAAGGAAAAGAAAAAACCUGAAGACGUGAAAAAAUAAACUAGUAAAAAAAAAUAAAAGUAAUUAGAAAAGGAAAAUCAACUAUGAGUUGAUACUUUUAUAUUUUCUCCCGAAACGAUUUUGUCUUGCGACGUCAAGAAAAUUCAAGCUUAGGUGCUUACCAUAAUUAGCAUAUAUUCGUGCUCCCUAACACCGCAAACCACCCGGGUGGAAUCUUGUGCAUAAACAUAAAACUAAUAUAUAGAUUUAGCCAGGGCUAAAAGCGAAGCUCUGGUUAAUAAUACGUGUAAACAAAAAAAAUUAAAUCGUGUAACGCUAAACGGGGGACGACAAUGAAAAUGGCUUCAAGAGUAAUAGAUCUAAUUAGCAAAAAAACAAAUUGCACGUGCAGCACACUUUUUCUUCUAAUUAGCAAAAAGCAAAUUUGCACGUGCAGCACGCUUUUCUCUUUUCCUUGCCGUUGUUUUGCACGACUAAAACACUGUUUUGUACGAGUAAAACGUCAAACUUCCUAGUUACACACUAUUUUUAUGGAGAAAUUGUCGUAUGUGCCUACCCAAUAUUUUGUUUCCAGUGUUCAUGUUCGCUUUUAUUUUUCACUGCCGCUCAUUUCAAUAACUCGCUCUAGCUUUUUCUCUGUUAUCCACGUUAGUGUACACAUAAAAAAAUAACGUCGAAAAAGACACGACUUUUUUCUUUGUAAAAGUCCGUUCGGCCAUGUGAUUUCCUUACAAAUAAAACCUUGAGUUGCAUUUGGGUUCCCAUACCUGUUGAUUGAGUUAUUUUACAUUGGUAUCCCUGUGGUGCGGACGGACGGUCGUACGGUCACGUGAUUACCAAAUUUUCUGGGAUGGGUAGUUUACCACCGUUUGAUUUUCUAUAACCGGAGAAUUUCCAAGGGGUGGGCCGAUAAGGUGAAAAUUGAUUCGCCUCAAAUCACAUUCCAUAUUUUCAAAAGCUUCCCUAACACGAAUAGCGCGAACCGUUUGAUUUUCUAUAACCGGAAUUUCCUGUAUUCCCGUCCCUUCCUUACCCUAUGAUCGUUUGCAAGACCAUUUCGAACGAUAAAUGUUCUUUUUUAUUUGUUUUGUUUGUUUUGGUUUUGUGUGUAUGUUUUUUUAAUUUACGUUUUGUUUUGUGUUUUUUUCUUAGGUCGCCAGUGGUUACACCGUUAUGUCAAAGCCGUGUGAAUGUAAAGUGAUAGCGUUUCCCGCUACUAUUGACCAAUGUCACUGGAUUGCAGUAGCCGGCACAAACUCUAUCGUUCGUUAUGGCCUGGGUUCUGGUGGAAAGUACGAAGGUGGGGUAUAUUAUUCCAUGUGGUUAUAAUCCCAUUCGAAAUCGGUCAGUGUCACGGACCAAAACUCCAUUGCAUGUUGUAUGACACACAACCCCUUUAGGGUUUAAAACGGAAAAAACAAAAGUACCAUUUUAAAACGAUUUAAAAUAUUCAUUCUCUAAAACGACUUCCUUGCUGGCUGUCCUACAAGUAGCCAAUAUACUGGCUAUCCAUCGAGACAUGCUUUCGGAUUAUAUGACCGACCAACUCCCAAAAAGACCUUGAUGGGAUAAAAUGUAGUUAAAGAAUACAGUUUUAUAAAAUUUAUCAUGCGUAAAGUUGUACUGAUUACUUAAAUUUCGUAGUUGAAGAACUCUUUGUUGAUUGUAUUUCUUUGAGCGUUCCCCACGGUUAAUUAAUCCCAUAAUUUGCAUGGCAUUUUACAGGAACUAUCUUGCAAGAAAUAAAAGUUGACUGCGAUAUCGACGACAGAGCAAGCAUUGUCAUCAUCAAGAAAGGAAAAGCUUGGGAGGUAACUAGAACCACUGGAAAUGGAAACAGUCUACGAUUCUCUUCUGUCCCUUUAAUAUGAUCCACAGUCCGAGCUUCCCUAUCCCCCAAGUAAAUACGCCGUGGCAUAAUUUUAAACAAUUACUAUACUUUUUCUUUGUCUCGUGGCAUUCAUAAAGACAGUUGUUAACUAAAGUUAGUUUUACGUGGCCUAACAGAGUUGUUUUUUAAGGAGCUAGGCAUUAGAUAUAAUUAAAUAAGAAACCUUUGGCAACGACAGCGGCGAAGACAAGGAGACCGUCACUAGAAAAAAAAAAACAACAACAAAACAAAAAACAACAACAACAACAACAAUAACAACAAAACAGCCACAGCAAGUCAGAACAAACAAACAAAAAUCAUGAUAAGGGACAAAAUGAACAGAAAUUUAUCGAACAAGGAACAGUUUUGAGCGUGCAUCACACUUCUUUAAUUUGGUUUAUUUCUUUGCCACCACUGUAUGACCAGGAAAAUUGAACAUAACUAGAUGUUACCAUUUCGGUACGUUGAAACAAUCAUUACUAAGUUUAAAAGAGCGGUUUUCACUUGACUGUCGUAAAACCAAAACCAAAGUAAAUACACCAGCCAACCAAAGGGCGUAGUAAAACCAAAACCAAAACCAAAACCAAUCCCUUUCGACAGUCAAGUGAAAACCGCUCUAACUGGAACUAACACGUUUUCAUUUUUAAGUGACAUUAGGGAACUUAAGAACCACGACGAAGUUCACGACGACGACGUCUGUUAACUAGGAAAGGACUGGAACGAGAACGUCAGUUUCGGCGGGAAAAAGGAAACUUAAGAUGCAGUCGAUCGGUGGGUCGACGACGACGACACUGAAUGUAAACAAACAUGUAGAAGUAGUACAACUGUGAUGUUCGUUCGCAGCAAAGUUUUUUCGCCAAUGCGUCUUUUAAGACGAUGCAAGAUCUUAUUUUAUAAGCUGUACGUCUACUUUCAUUGACGAUGAAGAAUUUUUAGUGUUGUCUGACCUUUUCGAAUGGAAAAAUCUCUGCUUUCCGUACGAAGGUUAUUCAACUUUCAACCUGAAUAACAUGACCGAGUCCGAGUGUCUGUCAGAGUUUAGAUUUGGAAAAAGAGACAUUCCGAUGCGAUAGCUGUUUUCCAUAUAAAGUUCAAUUCCUCUAUAUUAAAGAUGUACGAUUUGCCUGACCUAAAUACGUACAAAUAAAUUUGUCACUUACGAGUUCGCUCGCUCGGCCUGCACAGCUCAGUGUUGUCUUCGAAGUAAACACAAUUCAUCAGUCAAAUUUUCAAUCAACAUCGCUCGUCAGCAGAAAAAAGAAAGGAUACCUGGAUUUACGAGGUAAAAAAAUAUAAAGCCCUUAAAAAAUCGCUUAAAAACAGGGAGUUAUACCUGCCCAAGCUUGUGGACUGCAGGACGACGUGACUCUACUGUGUUUGGCGUCGUCGACGACACUACGACGACGACGAAAUUUGUUAACCGCGCUUGCGCAGUGCACGGUAUCUCACUUCCGGUCGUCGUCGAUAAAGUCGUCGUCCUGGUUCUUAAGUUCCCUAUUAUUUGCUGUCGCCGCCCUUCGCAGCUGUCAUUGUUCGUUGACAUAUUUACCUAUCAUGCUAAAAUCUUUGCAGAUUUUCCUGGCGACGUCACAUGGUAAAUUACGUUCUUACAGUACCUCACCCUCCUCUCGAGGCCAACCUGUCUACAAAGAAGAACUUCCAGUAAGCAAGUUAACCUAUUAAUUAAACCAUGAUUUGGGAAGGAAAUGAUUUAGGGUAGGAACGGUUUACACAUAAACCAGUCAUGUAGUCCGCUAAUGGGCUCAGGUGCAGUUUGUUGUGGCGGUAGACUUUCUGGUAUUUGUCUACUAAUUAUUGAGUUGAUAAUUCUAAUUUUUAACAACAUCCAAAUCCAACACUUUCCAAUUUAAUUUUCCAAAAUUUAAAACAUCCUCUCCAUAAUUUUUAUUCAUUAAAUACAUUCGUAAUAAUAAUUCUCCAAAAAUGAUUCAACCAUGUAAGGACUGCAACUUAGUUGAGUCAUUUUUUGAUUGAAUGAAAUUUUGGCUGCAUAUUUUAGUAAAUUAGGGCGGGCACAAACGAUAAACAAUGCUUUCAACCACGUGAGACUACCCCCUAAACAUAAUGGUGUGAAUCUGCCGGCAAAUUCGUUUUGAUUCCUUUCCUCCCUUUGCCGCUGACGGAACAAGGCAAGCAAACAAAUUCUUCACUAAAAUUUACAGAUCAUUAUGGUAUGAUCCUUAUUUACUUUGUAUAUGAACGCUAAAACUGUUCUUCCUUUAAAUAUGUGUUUUUUUUUUUUUUAUAGAGAAGACCCAAGGUUCUAACUUUUUCUCCAGAUGGGAAUUUACUCGCUUUCGGUUCAGACAAGCUGUACUUGUGGAACGUUAAAACUCAAAAGGUUUGUAAAGACUUUUUCACCUUAUUGAUUUAUCCCGUGUUCAGUAUUAUGACUCUCUGGAACAGAUUUGAUGACAUAUUUCUUAUACUGAAAAGGCUGGCUUUCACAAGGGUGUCUCCACUGAGACGCGUUUAUUUAUUUAUCUAUUUAUUUAUUUUUUAUAGCUUCAGACGAUAAGUUUAGUUCAUUAACUUCAAGGCCCGUUUCAAACGUCGUGCUACUGCCGUGCCGAACUAAAUUGAUCGAAUUAAAUUCGACUUUAGCACGGCAGCAGCGCGACGUUUGAAACCAAGUCAAGCUUUUGCCGUGUAGCACGGCAAGCUUUGCCGUGCUGCACGGCAGUAGCUCGACUUGGUUUCAAACGUCUCGCUGCUGCCGUGCCGAACUCAAUUCAUACAUUAUAAAUACAUUAGAAUGCAUUUAAAAGUUUGCUAAACCGUUUCUAUAUUUUUGUGUUUUGUUUUCGGCAACAGCCGUUCUUUUCGACUGAAUUAAAAUUGACGUUUGAAACCAAGUCGUGCUAGUGUCGUGCUGCACUCGAGCUACAGUCGAGCAAGCUUAGCACUGCAGUAGCACGACGUUUGAAACAGGCUAAGUAAUGAAUAGUAAUAAUAUGAUAGCAUAGCCCUCUCAAAAUAAAGGAAAAAAUGGACAAAAUUUGUAAUGCGAUCUCUUCGUGUAUUAAAGUCAAUUUGCUGUGAUCACCCUAUUGUGCCAUAUUUAACAGUUAUUCUGCGAGUGCGCGUUGGAUAUGAGAUAGUAGAUAGCCAACGAGGUGCGUAGCGCCGAGUUUACUAUGAUCAUCUCAUAUCCAACAAGCUAGCACGAGUGGAAUAAUUGUUUUAUUAAAGACGCCCACAAAAUAUCGAAAAUUCGUCCCGACAUUACUUGUAAAAACAACCGAUUUUCAGCUUGUUUUUAAUUUGUAGCAGACGCAUACAGUUACAUAUGUAGUGAGCAUGGUAUAAUGGCUCAUAUACCAUGAUAGCUAAGCUAAUCAUAGCUCAAUCAAUCGCAUUAUCCAAUGAUUCAUAAUGGUAGCUGAAGUGAGUGGACUGCAAUUUGGUCUGAAAUCAUACGCGUGAUUUCCAAAUCGCGCGAGUUCGAUUUGAAAUUACAAGUAUGAUUUCACACCAAAAUUGCACGACACGAAGUUCAAUUACCACUUUAUUACAUCCAUUUUGAAAUAGCAGAAUUUAGUCAGUACUAAUAUUUUAUUGAUCGAGUAUCCGGUUUGUUUAAAAGCCGAAAGAAAAAAGCGUUUACAUCUCAUUUUGUAUUCGAAACAGAAGUGAUGCGAUGUAGAACAAAAAUGGUGCGAUUCAAAACAGAAAUGAUGCGAUUUAGAACAUGAAUGACGCGAUUUGGAACAGAUGCGAUUUAGAGCAAAAAAAAUGGUGCGAUUUAGGAAUAAAUCACACUGCUGAGAGCCAAUCAGAUUGCACUGAUAGCCAAUGAUUUCAAAGUGGAUGUAAUAAAGAUUUUAAUAUUCCUGAUAUUGUUAGUGGUAAAUGGUUUUACGGACUUUAGUAACCCCUCCUCUUUUUGUCUUAAGGAUGUCAAAGUGCUAGAAACCGACAAGAAGGUAGCUCCAAAAAUGGAUGGUGCGACAUUGAGCUUUUCAAGAACUGGGGCUAAAUUAGGAGCUGUUCUGUCAAGUGGAACUUACAUUUGGAAUUCACAGUCAGGUACUUCUUUUACUUCAGGGCCAAGAUGUUCAAAGCUGGGUUUAGAUAACGCCUCGUUUAAUUCAGAUUUGAAAGCGUUUAAGUUUAUUCAUCUUUCUUAUUAAAUUUGGAAGCAUUACAAAAACAGAUGAUGUCUGACAAAAUGAACACAAGAAAAAAAAAAAGAAACCCGGAUUAAUUUAUUGUUCGUUUCAACAACUAUUUUCUUUUGCUAGGCCAAAGCCUCGUUCAACUCACGUUGUUUAUUCAUGACUAUUAUCAUUGUUGACAUUGAUGACGAUGUUUAUUCAUUUUAUUGAUUAUAUUAUUUUGAUUGAUUUGAUAUGUGAUCUUCAACGUUUUCUUUAUAGGAAAACUCCUAAAGACACUUGCAAUGACUACGCUAGGUGUGGAGUUUGUUGUGUUUUCCCCAGAACUUGAUUACAUAGCGUCACCUGACCUCAAAGACAAAGAGGAUGUCAAGGUAUCAUCGCGAUGCGUCCUUAUUUUAUUCUUUCAGGCUGAGAAUAUAAAACCACUGUUUUCAUAUGAUCAAAUUUGUAGAACUAGAAUAUUAAUACAUCAGUUUGAGGGCACUGGCUUGUGAAGAGACAUUCCUUGGCGGAAGCAAAUCUAUUUGGCAUUGCACAUAAUUUAUCAUCGACGCACCUACAAAUUCUCCAAAAUACCGUACUGAGUACGGUAUUUUGCGAAACGAGUUCAAUAAUUGUUUUAUCAUUCAUUCGUUACCCUAGGUGCUUUAUGUUGAAGUUAAUAUUACCGGGAAAAUACGAAACCUUCACUGUACCCGAAAGGCAGAAAGGCAGACUUGGUUUACAGCAAAAGAACUCUUGUCUCGAUUGCGCAGAAACACCAUUGCACGAUGAAGACAGUUUUCUGCAGUGAUUUUAUGAUCUAAAUGAAAAAUGAACUAACUGUUAACAAAUGGUGUGAUAUUAUCCAAAACAUUUUCGAAUUUGAACAUUUGCCCAUUUUCUUUGUACCUUUGGCUUCUUUGUAAGAAGGAAACUUUCAAAUUUGGAGCUUUGGACCGUAAAAAUGUCCCAGCUGUGUCGCGGCAUUCUGGGUGAUGAAACAGACCUGAUUUCAAGAAGAUUUUUUAUAAAGCUCCUCAAAGAUAUGAAAUGGAGCAAAAAGUAGAAAGAACAGAACAGAACAAAAUGCAUUGUCAGACACGGUUUUUUAGUUAAAUUAACCCUCGGACGUAUAAGGGGGGUGGAUGCCCUAGACGAUUAAACAUUAGCCCUGUUCAUCGCCAAGUUUAGUGAUGAUCAGUGUCUAUGAUUAUGAGAUAUGACGUCAUAAGUAGCAGGUGGUCGAGCCAUUUUUGAGUAAAAAUGCAUCUUUUCCAACUUCUUUCAACGAUAAAAGUAAAAUUUGUGGCUAAAAUGAAGCAAGGUACUUAUUAACGUGUUAUUUUACAUGUCUAGGGCAGGAAAUUCCCAAUUCUAUCAUUUUUUUUUCGUGAUUUCUUAUUUGUAGUAAAAUCCAGCGUGGCGGCCGAGAUGGUGACCAUGUUUGGUGACGUCACAGGUCUCCAGCAGCGCCACCACCCAUAAAAUAUACCUCAUCUUUUAGAGAAGAUCAAAGGCUUUCCACUGAAGGUUAAAUCUUGUCGAAAUAUUACAACAUAUAAAAAACUCUAGGGAAGGGUUCCUUCAACGCCCCCCCCGCCCCUCUGCUACCACGGUGGGGAUAUGACUCUGCGUGUACGUCCGAGGUUAAUAUGAGGUUUGUUUGAAAUUGAUAUACUAUUGAAUCCUUUUUCAAGGUAUUCUGCAUGGCACCAAAGCCGUAUGAUAAACACCCUGAAUGGGAAACCCUAACAGCUCAUUCAGCUGCAGUUCGACAUUGUUGUAUUGGUAGCAGGGAAAGUGGUCAUCCUUUGAUUGCCACUGCAUCCGAUGACAACUCUGUUCAACUAUGGGAUACCAGAAACAUGCCAUCACCCAAAGUCGUCAAAUUGCCGGUAAGUAAGUUCAAUAACGAAAGUGUAAGGAGUGUCUUUUUGAAACAGCCAUAUCCCUUCAAGAUCGUCGUCCUUCGAUUUAAAAACUGUGCAUGUAUGGCUUACGGCCCUUUUCCUUGCAGAAGAUUUUUGUUGCUUCCUUAUGUACACAUCCCAGUUCCUCACCGAACAACUUAGUGCUACACUAGGUAAUUAUUUAUAUUUCCUGUGCGGUAGCUGUCUAUUUUGAGCAGUAUUAUUGCUUUUACGAAUAAUACACAUGCAUGAAGAAAGGAUUUCUUUUUCAAUUUGAUUAUCCCAGUAUCAAUUAUAUAAUCAAAUAUAACGUUCCAGUACGUCUAAUGCAUUGCAAAUUGAUUAAGACACCAGCUUAAAAUGUUUUAACUCGAUCAUAUCAAGGGAUAAUUGUUUAAGGGUAUCUCCCCGUCAUCACAGAUAUGGGUAUAACAAAGGUACAGUAAAAGAAGUAAAGAGUAGCAUUUCUGGGGCAGUUUUUUCCAGUUAGUGGUGCAAAUCCAUUUUUCGAAUUCAUCUUAACAAAUGUCUGGUCCGUACCCCCAUUUCAGGUUAUUCCUUCACUUAGGAUCACGAUUAUGUUACACUGCUUCUCUACUUUCUUGUGGGGUCGCAGCCUUGCUUUUACCCUAAUUACUCCUUCAGACAUGAGUGUCAGUUUGCUUUUAAUUGCCCAGGAUCACGACGGUACAGUUCUAGCUUGUUCAUUCUCUAGCGAUGAUAAGUUAGCUGUGAGUUGCUCUGCGACUGAGUCAUGGGUUUGGCAAGCCUUUUCACCUGUGCACAGACUACACCAACUCCAUCCAGCCUCGGGUGCCGGAGGUAGGACAACUUAGACCCUGUAGAAAAUGACCAAAUGUUGUUUCACGGCUGGUAACUAUUAACUUAUCAGUUCAAUUUGUCCAUUGCCCCUGUGUGAGUAAAAUAAAACCCCAAAAAAGUAGCCACUCUGGUCGAUCUUGUAUGGGAAAACCGACAAAAGAUGGACAUCUAACAUUAGAUAUAUUAAUCCUGCUAUAUCACAAUCUAGAGUGAGAUUCGAACAGACCUACACGGAGGAAAGCAUUGAUUGAUUUUUACUUCUGAUUAAAAAAAAUAAAAAUUUGGUGCAAGGUUUUAAAAUCAGAAAAUACAUUCUUAUUGCAAUUAUGACUUUCCCUGUUUUCGAUAAAGAAAGUUGUAUUUAUUAAUAAUUUGAAAAUGGAGUAAACGCAAGCCUUCUCUAAAUUAACUUCAGACAUGAUUAUCAUGAUUAUCAGGAGAAAGCCCUCAAGCAUGCAGCAGGCUCCAUGUCAAGGUUCCGUCCUUUGUCUGACAGAAUAUAAUUGUUGUCUCACAAGGGAUACUUUUUUCAAAACCUAUACGAAUAAAUUAUUUGUUUCGUUCCUCAGAAAGCGGCUCUUAUCCGUGUUUCUCUGAAGACAGUGACUUUGUAGCAGUGUUUGUGAAGACCGGUGUGGACGUUUGGCAUCUUAAGUCUGGAGUGGAUCGUCAUGGAUCUGAUGCAACCCUAAUUAUGGGAGCUCACAGGUAAAUAAUGUGAUCCAAUAAUAUUCAAUAAAGGACUUUGUGACUUUAAAUUAUUGUUAUGAUUAUCGUCAUCAUCACUAUCUUCAUCAUCGUCAUUAUUAUAAUAAUAUUUAUUAUUAAUAUCAUUGUCAUAAAUUAUCAUCUUUGAUUGUAAUUAACAUAUUCAUUAUCAUUGUUCUCACAACGUGUUCAUACGAAGGUAAUAGAGAUCAUAGAGUGCAUUCGUUUCUUUCGUAUAUGUCACAAAACACCUUGCUUGCCACUUAAACUAUUAAGCAAUGUCUUGAGCAAUGUAGAAACAAAAUCAAAGGGUGAACAAGCUGUAUUAUGGGAAGUUCUCAAGUGGAGAAUUAUUGAUUAAUUGAGUUGUAACUAGUUGUACUAAAAAUUUAAUUUCUUGGCAGAACUCUUACCUUCCUUUCCGUUCGCCACCUCUUCACCAAAUUCACAUCUGAUGGUCUCUAUUGCUGUUUGCUGACCGAAAGUGAACCUGGUACAGUCCGUUUGUACCUGGCAGUGAAUAAGUUCGCUCUAGAUCAGUGGGCGAAACACGAGCUAAAGGCCCCUCCACCAAGCGAUUUGAAUGAUCGUGAAGCUUUUGAACAGAGAUUUUCAGUGGACGAAGGAAGAAAGGUAUAGUAUAGUCAUUUCUUUAAUUUGUUACUUUAAAGAAAAGAAACCACGCACUACUCACCACGCAGAUAGAUACCCAACCAACAGCAGUGUGCACUACACCUGAAAGAACAGCUCUUACUGUAAAUCUGAAAACUUGUCGAUAAUCACCCAACCCUUAGCUUUCCUUCCUACUCUGUAGUACCUAGGUGAUGAACUGCGCGUAGUACACCAAUCAGCUCUUGUUUUAUAGCAUAAAAGGCUUCUAUACCAAUCCUAUUAAAGAGUAUAAAGGCAAGAAGGAAAAAGAGGGCCAUAUGGCCAAAGUUCUCGGAACGAGGUCACUUCUCAGUUCAUAAUCCAUUAUUAUCUGACUGGUAGGGCGUGGCGAAGAGUAGAAAUAUAAAAUACUUAUUUAUUAUCUUUAAGACGUGAGUAGGAACAAAAAUCCAAACAUAAGGGCCCCCAAGAAGCUCGCGGAAACACUAAUUAUUAGGGCUAAAAAGAUUUUUAUUUAUUCAGGUUUUUCGAGGUCAGUUAAAGUUAGGAUUCCUGGAAGCUUCGUGUAGUUUUUUUAAACAGAAUCCUAAUACAAGGCGCUGUUGAAAAUUCAGCAUAGCUAGCUAUCGAAAUAAAAGAUUUUAUGACCGAAAUGAGUUUUUUUCUUCUUCAGGUUACCGAGGCAGCCAUAUCAAAAACAUGCGGCAGACUGGCGGUCAUAAGUGUACCACAGCAAAGCAUUGCUCAGGAAACUCUGAAAGGACCAGUGGAGAUACAUGUAUGGGACAUGCACUCCAACACAAACUGGAAAGUGUUGUUAUCCUCACAACCGUCCAUCAGUAGACAACUCAUAGUUGGCUGCGAUUACCUUGUUUCAUUUGUCCAAACACGAAAAAACGUUUCUGACACUGACAACCUGACAAGCGCUUUGCAGAGACGCAGCGCAAGAGACCGUUAUUCGCAGCCUGACGAAGCUGUGUUUCAAAUUAUUGAUAAACGUGGAUCGACGCUUAAAUCUUUUCAAACCCCUGGAAAGUUUUGCGGUGUGAGUGUUAAUGUUGCUGAAUCCACGCUGAAACGAAUCUCUGAAGAACUUGUUGCAUAUGAACUCCACGAUGGAGUGGUCACAGCCCAGAACGUCAAAAAUAACGGAGGGUUAGGCGCGUUUACUGUUAAUAAUACCGACAUUACAGCAGUGAAUUUCUCAUCGAAUGGAAAAUCAGCUGUUGUUGGGUGUGCUAACGGAAAUCUACAUAUCAUUCAGAUGAUUUGA